UUCUACUACACACAUACUAUUCCACGCUGGGAUGCCAUGUCAUGCCGGUCAGUCAAGUGUUGUAUUUUGUAAAAGUUGCAGUGGUGGUGUUACAGGAGACUCAUUUUCUUUAAGGACAGGUACAAUAAUGAGCAGGCUGCGAUCCUGUCCGUUAACUGGGAGCCCUCCUUUGGCGUUGGUAUUAAGAUGAUGGUCUCGCAAAAAAUGAGAGAUUCCUUACGCCUUGAGGGCAAGAAUGGAAAACGCCUUUGACUCUUGAUCAACGAAUUCCACACCUGAGUCCAUUCACCAAUCAACCGACCCUCCCCAUCAGAGAGUCCCACCAACCAAACCACCUCACCUCACUAUUUUUCUCGGCUGGGAUUCUCGAUCAUCAUCAGCACUAAAAACCACCACCACUUUUUUAUUAUGUUACAUCACUGGCAUUUACAACAAGUGUAUAGCGAGUGAGAUGUGAGUGAAUAAUAAGAAGGAGGAAUCUUGUAGUGUUAAAUAAUACAAACUGUUACAUAUUUUUGUCAACAAGUUUUCGCCAAUUUUUUUGGUGAUAUUUUCCCUUUUUCUCCCCUUUUAAGGGUGUUCAUUCCGGUGAAAAAGGGAGGAAAGAGCUCUUUUAACGGAUGCGUUUCAUUUAAUAAGAGUGAGUCGUGUGAGGCUCGGAGAAGCUUUUACACAGGGGAACAAGUGCAUCUAAAUAGUUUCUGUAAGAGGGGAACAUAUACACGAACGACUGUGGGAAAUAUGAACGGAUUGGUGUUAGUUUUUAGCAAAAAUAUGAAAUUUUGACAAGAUUAUUAAGUGGUUUUUUGUACUAAAACGAAGGAGACUGAUUUAUAAAGUGCCUAUAAAAAUGGACUGACAGACUGAUUUUUAUGAUAUUAUAAUACAACGAAAUUAAAUCACGAAUACUUUUGUUUUCGGUGUCUUAAUAAAAAUGUGAAUAUCAAAAGAUUUAGUUAGUGGGGUUGGAAUUUAACAAAAGUUUACAAUUCUUGAACAUAUAAGACGAAGGAUGGAAGAUUACUACUCUAUUGACAAGAAGAGAUAAUAAAUAAAUAGUUCUCUAACUAAACUCCGGCCUAUUUGCAAAUCAGCAAUACAUAAAACAAAUCCAUCCAAAAAAGACUUAAAUUUUUACAUUUUCAACUGGAAAUGCAUAAACUGCAUUUACAAUUAUUAUCAUAAAAAUAAAAUGGGAGCAAACGGCGAAGCCAUGGACGGAACCAUAUUAAAACGUGAGGCCUUGCGACAACUCAUAGCUCAAUGGAAUGCCAACCGUUUGGAUUUAUUCGAAAUCUCGGAACCAAACGAGGAUGGUGAAUUCCAAGGCGUCAUGCGCUUCUACUUCCAAGAAGCUGGAGCAAAAGUGGCAACAAAAUGUGUCCGCAUCUCUUCCACAGCCACCACGAAAGCAGUUAUUGAAACUCUUGUGGAGAAAUUCCGUCCAGACAUGAGAAUGUUAUCAAUUCCACAAUAUGCCUUAUAUGAAAUUCACGAAAAUGGGGAAGAACGACGCCUCGGAGAACCAGAACGCCCAUUGUUCGUACAACUUAAUUGGCACUCUGAUGACCGCGAGGGCCGAUUCUUGCUUAAAAGGAUCGAUGAGGUCGUCCGAUAUGAUUUUUAUACCAACACAAUCAAGGAUGCUGCUCCGACGGUGAAUGAAGGAUUCAAGAGAAAGCUGAGUAAACGGGAGAAAAAACAGCUCAAGAAAAUGCAAGAAAAUACAAAGACUGAGCAGAGUUCUAGUGCAGCUGAGAAACUUUAUAAUGAACUUCCCGAGUCAGGAUUUACUCGUUCAAUUUCCAAUCCUGAAGCCGUAAUGAGAAGAAGACGUCAGCAAAAGUUGGAAAAGAAGUUGGCUCAGUUUCGUUCAAGGGACGGGGGACCAGAUACUGGGGGAACUUUGAAGAUUUACGGACAAUCCUUAUGCGCCGACGUCCCAUACAAAACACUUCUUCUCUCCGUUAAUGACACGGCUGUCUACGUCGUGAAGGAAAUGCUGGCCAAAUACGGUCUCACCACUCAGGACCCUCAAAACUAUUGUUUGUACCAGGUUUGCGAAGGGGAAGGAGAAAGCAUACUGGACGAUGACGAGUCUCCUCUUUCCAUACUUAUGAACCAGUCCAACGAUCGGGGCUCAAUAAUGUUCCACGUUCGACGAAGACCGCCAGAUUAUCAUCCACGAAAGAGGAAAAAGAAGCCAGGACGCAGAGCGGACGAGGAAGGCCUUAGUGGAUAUCGGGGAAGUUAUGGAAAUGAUGGACAAUUGGAGCCAAUGCUUAUCGAACUUCUUCCAGAUGGAAGUGAGACUGGGAGAAGGAUCACGCUGGAAUCUGACGUCACGGAAGUGGGGAGCGAGUGGUGGGGUGGCCUUCAACUCGCCGGUCUCAGACCGAGGCAUUGUGUAAUUGCCAACACUGAGGGAAUAGUUACCCUCACACCGUCAUCGAGGGAUUCCGACAUUUACGUGAACGGUCAGCGAAUAUACGAGACGACCAUGCUUCAGCAUGGAGCCAUAAUCCGUUUCGGAAGGACUCAUUACUUUAGAUUUUCUCAGCGAAAUAGUCCAACCGGCAAUCGAACUUUUAAUGAAAGGGAGGUUAUAGAUUCUCCAACUACGACGGGUGGUGGAAUGUCGAAAUCUGGAAGUAUUAUUCAAUCACCUCCCUUAUCCCCUGCACAUGAUGAUUCUACAAGGGCGAUAAGGCCAGACUCCAUUCUCCCAGCAACUCUUGAACUCCCGGAAGUUGGAGAAGACGCAUUUCUGAGUCUCGUUGUUGUAAACAUUUCCCCAGCCACUCUGCACUUCAAGCUUUCUCCCACCUACGCAAUAUAUUUGUCUGCAAGAUAUCGUGCCACGACGCACUUUCGACCGGAUGCAACCCCACACGAGAGAGCUCACCUCCUUUCCGCAUUCUUAAUAAGAGUGGCUCAUUUAAUGAUGCAAACCGUGCAAGAUCGCAACACAGAUGCAAAUAGUUUGGCAUUUUGGAUGGCAAACUCAUCAGAACUUCUCCAUUUUCUAAAGUCUGACAGGCAGAUUGGAGCUUUCUCAGUGGAUGCUCAAGAUAUUCUCGCGGAAGUUGUGCAACUAUCAUUUCGACACCUGGUGACCUGCAUUCAAGGCGAAAUAUCCAAUUUGGUGGGGCAUUUUUUCCUAGAAAGAGAUGAAGACGAUGAAAAUGCAACAUCUCCAAUGAUUGGUGUCCUCGGUUCGACGAUGACAUUAUUGCGUCGAUCCCGUGUCAAUGCAGCCCUCACAAUACAACUUUUCUCCCAGGUGUUCCACUUUGUUAAUAUGGCCGUAUUUAACAAGUUGAUUGGCAUGGACGGAAGAAACUACUGCAGCCGAACAUGGGGCAAUCGACUACGGAGAAGGAUUAAUCGAAUUGAAACAUGGGCUGAAAAGCAGGGUCUGGAAUUGGCUGCUGAUUGCCAUCUUGUCCGUAUUAUCCAGGCGACCCAUCUUCUUCAGGCAAUGAAGAACACAGCCGAAGAAGUAAGCACAGCAGCCAGUAGUUGUUUUAAACUAAACUCAAUGCAAUUGAGAUGUCUCCUCAUGAAAUAUCAAUACGACUCGGAUGAAGCCCCCAUUUCCCCAGAAAUCCUGGAAAAUGUAGUUCGGGUUGCUGAGAGUACAGUUGACGACGUUAUUCGCGGUGAUGGUCGACAUAUCCGUGUCGAAGAAGAACCUCUGCUCGGACUAGCCUUUCUCUUACCGGAAGACGGAUAUUCGUGUGAUAUUGUGCGUGGAAUUCCGACUGGACUCGUCGAAUUCUUGUCCCCAUUGUCCCCCGUGUGUCGACUAACGCCAAAUACGAACGCUGCUGGAUAUUGGACAAUAUUUUUCCACGAUCCGAUGCGGUCACCCAGUGCCAUGAGUGGAAGAUCUUUUGCUGCCGCGUUCAACAAUAUGACGGGCAGCGGGAUGGUGGUCGGAACUCCGGGCAGUGUUAUAGGGAGUGAAAGACAUAGUUUCAUCAACAAUCACACUGGUGUUGUCAACAAUCAUCAUCACGGCGUGAUUGGAAAUAAUAUGCCAAUGUCCCCCUCCUCGUCAAACUCGAUUCUUGCGAAUCAUCACAAUAAUCAUGCUCAGCAGCAGUUGUUUAGUUCGAAUCAGUUGAUGCCUCCACCCGGUGCUGGACCGGAGAUUCAGACGAUUAAACUCCAAAAGAUUUCGGGAGGACUGGGACUAAGCAUUGUUGCAGCCAAGGCCGCCGGUCAAGAAAAGCUGGGGAUUUACAUCAAGUCAGUUGUUUCAAAUGGAUCUGCAGAUAUGGACGGGCGAUUAGCAACUGGAGACCAACUUUUAAGCGUGGAUGGUCAAAGCCUUGUCGGAAUUUCGCAGGAAGAAGCUGCAAAGUACUUGGUGAGAACAGGUCCAAUAGUCACCCUGGAAGUAGCCAAGCAAGCCGCUGUAUAUCAAGGAAUUGCGUCCAUGCUGAAUCAGCCAUCCCCAGAAAUCUCACGAGGUGGAUUUAACGCAUCCCGUCGAAUGAGUGAAAGGGAUCUUCCAUCAAAAGUAGAGUUUACAGAUCCCUCCGGUCACUUGCCACCCGGACAUCCACUAAACCAACAAAGAAUUCAGGCUUCUAAAUCAGUCCCAGCCUUGAAUAGUGAUGUCCCCAAUACUGUCCAGCCAAUGGUCAGAUCUCCUGGACAUGGUGGAAGUGCGCCGUACGGAGCUCAUCAUAAUGACCAACAACGAUCUUACGCUCAGCAUUAUCCCUCCGCGUCGAUGACAAUGCAUCCAUCUUCGUCAAAAGGUGGCAUGAUGCCAGGGAUAAAUAGCCAUGACUCUCACCAUCCGAGAUCUAGAUCAAUUCAGAGCCUCUUAGACCCAAGACCGGACAUGGUUCACAAACAACCCUCGACUCCUGCUCUUCACCAGCAAUCUGAAGAACCAGAGAGAUUUUAUCAGAAUGUGGGAUUUUAUCCUCCCCCAGCCCCCACGCACCCAGCUAAUGUGCCAGUCCGAACUUAUAUCCCAUAUAGUAAUUCUACCGGCAAUAUUUCUUCCUCUGCAUCCUCCGGGUUUCGAAGUCCUAUAGGCCAACAUCAACCUAUGCCCGGACAAUACUAUCCUGGUAGUAAUGGUCCCAGCAAUUACCCUGGUCCAAGACCACCACCACCAAAUCUGAAUACGUCCGUGCCAGGCAAUCUAAAUUGGGCUCGUGCGCAACAACAACAACAACAUCAUCCUCAGCAAGGAGUUAAUAGAGAUUUAUUAAGACAGGAAGCAAAAAUGUUGGAGAUGCAGGACGAACUAAGAAGAAGGGAAGAGCGGAAUGCAAUCAUGCUGAACAAACAAGUCCAACAACAAAACUACUUAUCAAGAUAUGGUCCCUCACAACCACAACAACGUCCAAUGCACCCUGGUCAUGGUCAGAGACCGCUAUCCAGUAGUGGCCCCCCACCAGCUCCCAAACCUUUCAGACCUGGUGAUCUGGGGGGUGACAUGUCUCCUGGUGGCGUAAUACAUCAUCAGACCCAAUUUUCUGCCAGUGCAGGAGAAAUUCCAAGAGGGUCAUAUUUAAAUAAUGGACACAUUCCUAAGAGUCCGUUGAAUCCGGCAAACCCUUGGGAAAGAGAAGCCAAAGAGGUGGAAGCUGGGAGGAAAAAGGAGGCAGCAAAAUACUGGAGAGAUCAGCAAAUCGCAGAAUUAGAGAGCUUACUUAAUCGAUCGCCGUCGCAAGAUGAACAGUUACGAGCUUUGAAAUUGGAACGAGAGUUUCAACGCAGGGCAGCAGAGGAAAUCAGGAAGGAUGACGAGGGAGAGAACGAGGAGGAGGAGGAAGAGACGAACGAACGAAAAGCCAUGAUUAGAAGAUUACAAGAAGAUCUCGACAAGACGAGGAUCACUUCAACGAAUGGUGGUGGAAGGUUGGAUCACGCGGAGGAAGAACGAUCCCGGAAGAUUGAGGAAAUGAAAAAGAAGAAAAUGGAGCUUGAGGCUGCACAAGCUGCAGAAGAACGAUUAAUUAGAGAAGCAUCCAAACGAAGGGAAGAAGAGCUUAAGCGUCAAAUGCAGCAACACAGCUUCCCAUAUCAGUCCCCGUAUAGAACUUCCUACCCCCCGAAACAAUUGGGUUCUCCUGUUUCUAAUCCUUAUCCUAUGGAGAACCAUCAACAACAGCCCCAACAUUAUCAUCUAAGUCCUACCACUGCAGCAGCUCCACCCUUGCCAAAGUCCCCUCCACCCACUCUCUACAGGCCACCCCCACUUUCAAACUCUCCCGACAAAAUCUCCCCUCCUCAGACUUCUCCUCGUCCCAGGUCUGACAAGAAAACAGUCUCAUUCAAUGAAACCGUUGCCACUAAUGAGCCUCCACCAACACCACCAGAACAAGAUGAAAUGGUGGGGAAAGUUCGGGAGGAUCCUAAUAAAUUUUUCACGGAAGCAACAGCCAUGCUCGCCAGUCCUCGAAGUCCCGAUGCCGUAACGCCCACAACCGGAAGCACGCCUGGCGUUAUUGGUGCACAAGAAGUUUACAAGGACCCAAGGAUGCGACGGCUCGCCGAACAACAGCAGAAACAACCAGCCUCAACCCCCAAGCCUGAAAAAUUGUCAUUUAAAGAAAAAAUGAAAAUGUUUGCAAUGGAAACUGGAGAAGUGGAAACUCCAAAGGAUAAAGUUAAAGUUUCUAAAGCCCAGAGGGAAAUAGAAACCGUUCCACCUGGUACUCCUACUACUGCAGGUGGAAAUAAUUAGAUUUCUAGUACUUUUCCUUUCUCAAUAAUAUCAUUAUUAUUGUUAUCUCUCUCUCAUCUCAAACUUUUCCUGUGCUCUGAGUUAGCAGGCGAAGUAGUUUAGGAAAAUUUUAUUUAUACAGACAAAUAAACAGACAUCUAUUAUACAUGCGUGCAAACUGCAAGGUAAUGAGAAGACAUUUUUAUUUUAAUAGUGAAGAAAUACUUAAUUUGUUAGUGAAAGUGUAUGUGCCUCAUAUCAUCCUUUUGAAUUUUACGUGUAUCAGCCAAUCAAUCAACGCAAGCUAUAAAUCUGAUUGACAUGUGCUGGUGAAUGUUUCCUAAUAUUUUAUAUAAAAUACUUUUGGAUCUUAAAUGAGGAAAGAAUGGAAGCACCACGACUCUUGCCUCUUCCUAUAUAAAUAUUAAGCAAUGAUGAUAUAAUGAUGCAAUUUUUGGAUGUGAAGUACGUAAGAUAAUAAUGAAACGAGUCAAAUUGUCCUACAUGACAAAUCCAUUCCCGUACACAUUAAGAAGUAUUAAUCUCCAAAUCGAACAAAUUUUGUACAAAUCUCUCGUUUCUUCUUGUACUCAUUAACCUAACCUAACCGUUACUAAUCCAAUAGAAAAUUGCAGGGACAUUUAUUGUAUGUACUAACCGCGCAGUAGAUUUCUAAUAAUCUCUCUAAAAAAUUAUCCAUGCUCUUUAUUCCCAAUUGUAACCGACAUGCCAAACUCUUAUAAAAAUCAUUCCAUUUUUAACGAUUAAUUCAUUGACAAAAUCAACAUUUUUACAGUAACCGUGCUGCUAAUUUUUGACAAUGUUUAUUUGACAAUUUGUUACAUAGGUAUGAAGGAAAUUACAUGCAAACUUAAGUUUAAAUAAAGAUUUAUUAUUUACUAUUAUGCAUUUGUACACAUAGAAAGGGAAGAAAUUUAUAUAUUACUUAUUUACAUACGUUAUGUUUCGUUAAUAGAUAAAGGAUGGAAACUUUUAAAUCCGAGAAAUAUAUUGUACCCAAUUUUGUUAUUGGGUUGAGAUUGAGAUUAAUGAACUACAUGAAUAAAUACAAAUAUACAACUUAUUCAAUCCAUAUAUACUGAACUAUUAAGGUACUUAAAUGUAUACAUGAUUACGAAGAACAGAACAAAUAAUAUUUUUACCCAAGUUACAAAUAUGAAUUAUUAUUAUCAACGACUUAUUAUUUGUGUAAAAAUAUUUAGUUGUUACAUACAUUACGAAACCUAUUAUGACUAUGGCAGGAUACACAGAAUAUUAUCCAAUCUCUUAAUAAUAUGUAUACAUAGUGUAUGAGGAAUUGUUUAUCAGGUUGAAAAAAAGUACGCUGUGCAGAAAGUCUUGACAAUUUUGCAGUUCGCCAGUAAUAAAUUUUAUGAAAAAAUGAA